AUGAAAGAAGGUUACGCAUUUUCAUCAACAGAAGAUAUUGAUAAUCCAGAGAAAGGCCUUAGAAAAAAAUCAAACAGAAAUGAUUUUAAGGAGACUUAUAUUUGGCAUGAUAAAAAUAAUGAAUGUAGUAAGUAUGUAGAAAAGAACUCUUUAGGUAAUAUAUUUAUGAGUAAGAAAAUAAAAAAUGAAGAAGACACUUUUGAAGGUUCAAAUGAAUUAUGUAGGAUAUUAAAUGAUACACUUCCUUCGAAUUAUUGUUUUAAAAAUAAUAAGCAAAAUAUGUUAGAAAUAAAAGAACUUGAUAAAAAUAUAAAUAUUAUAAAUUCAAAGGAUCAACAAUAUUGUGAUGAUGAAGCAAUUCUUUUAUAUAAUAUUCGUAGAAUGUAUGAAUCGAAUACUAAAUAUACUAAAAAUAAUGAAAAAGAAAAAAAUAAUUAUAAUAUAUCAAAUGUAAAUAGUUUUAAAUAUAAUAAUAUAUAUAAAAAAAAUUCAGAAAAUAAUUCUACUACAAAUGAAUCAGAUAUUUUCCAAAGUGUAAGUUCUAGUAAAAGUUAUAAUGAUAUAUUCAAAAGUUUAAAUCAGGAGAAAAAGAAAAACAAAAAAAAUAAAUUUAUUAAUAAUUAUGAAAAUAUUAUUAAUAUGAAAUAUAUACAUAUGAAUAAUAUAGGAGAUAUAAAAAAUCAACCUAUUCAAAAAUAUUCUCAAGGAUUUAUGAAAAACGAAAAAAUGGAAGUAGCCAGCAUUUCCUUUAAAUCACUUUCAGAUGAUGAAAAAAAUUAUUCAUUCAUACAAACAUUUAAUGAUAUGAAUGAAAAAAAUAUAAAUGAAAAUGUAUAUAAAAAGGAAAGUAAGAAAAACAUCAAAUAUAAUAACAAACAAAAUGAUGAUAACCAAAAAAAGUUACAAAAUUACAAAGAACUCUCUACCAAUUUUUUAUUAUCCCAAAAGGAUAUCAAAAAAGGUUCAGUUAUUAAUAAUGAAAAAUUAGAAAAAGAAAAAUGUAAAUAUAAAAAAAAUAUGUCAUUUGUAAAAAAUAAUAUGCUUCGUAAAAAUACCAUGAAAAAACAAAAUAUAAUAAAAAUAAAUAAACUUAAAAUGACGAAUAGUACUUUUCCAAAUAUUCAUUUGACAAAUACACAAGAAAAUGAUACAAUCAAAUUUUUUUCACAAAAAAAUAUAGAAAAAUCGAAUGAAUCAUUAAAAUAUAUAAAUAAAUCAAUUAUUGGAAGAUCAUCAAUUUGUUCAUAUGACAAAUUGGAAAAUCUAAAAAAUAAUUUUACUGAAAUUAAAAAAAAUGUAAAAAAUGCAAAACGUAAUACAUAUAAUACCAUACAUAAAAAAUUAGAAAAUUCAUCAACGAUAAAUAAAUACAAAUUAAAUAACUUUUUACAAGAUAAGGGAAUAUGUGAUUGUGUUAACAAAUAUAAUACAUUCUCAUCAUUCGAAAAUUUCCAAAGAAAUAACAUAAAAGUGAUAUCUUCCUUACAUGAAAAUAAAUGUCAGAAGAUUGCUGUAUUACAAAAGGAGAAAGAUAGUAGUUCGCCAAAUAAUUUACAUAUAGAAAAAUAUACAUAUAAUAAAGAAGAUAAUAAAAAUAUUAAAUAUAUGUAUAAUUUGAAAGAUGCAUAUUGUUUGAAAAAAGUAAAUACCAAAUCUAUAGGAGUACAAAUAAACGUUAAAAAAAAGACAUUUAACAAAAAAACAAACACUGUAAAUAUAUUUUAUUUGGAUAAGGUAAAUAAAAGAAAAAUUCCAAAAAUUAAAUUUAAAACAAUUAAGCAAAUAUAUAACUAUGAUUUUGAUGCAAUCAUGGUUAAAGAUGGUCACAUAAUUUCAAGAAAUAAGGACCCAUUAAAAGAAAUGUUCCAAAGGUUUUUCGAAAAGGUUUAA